GACCAUCAUUCCACCAUGUCAGCUCUCAAAGCGUAUCCAGGCUCGUGUCACUGCGGCAAUGUCCAGUACCAAGUUCGGCUCAAAUUUCCAUCACGCGACACUCCGGUUCGUCCGAGUGCCGAUAUGAUUCGUCUGUACAAAUGCAAUUGCUCGGUCUGCCAAAAGAUGGGCUUCUUCCACUGUCGCCCCAUCAGUCCAGCCGAUGAUUUCAUCCUCACUUCACCGGCCACCAUCGAGGAGCUGGGCGACUAUCGUGCGAACGUUGGCAAGGCCGGCUGGUACUUCUGCAAGAGCUGUGGCGUACGCGUUUUCGGAGUCGGUGCAGCUUGGGAGCAGGUGGAGCUGAACGUUGAGGAGUGGGCAAGUGAACAACAUGAAGGAAAGGAGACCAAGUUACAGAAGGUUUGGAGGACGAAGGGCACGACAUUCGCAACUGAGGAAGAUGGAAAGGAGGUCAGGAAGCUGGUGCAUUACGUGAGCGUCAACGCAGUCACGCUCGAGCCUAGCGAAGACAUUGACUUGAGGAAGUGGCACGACAAUGGUUGGAUAGGUUAUGUGGAGAACAGAAGUCGUGAUGAGGUAGAGCGUAACCGGAUGGGGAAGCCAUACAGCGGCGGAAUGUAUUGA